ACAACAACAAAGCAACGGGGAUCAGUGAAAUAGCUGGACGAUUAGGUUAAUGUUCCGAUAAAAAGUAUUUUGUUAGCUUUAGUACCCGCCUUUGUUCAUUAGUUGCAGCGGCAGCGCGAACACCGCUAAGCCUUUAGUGAAUGCAAGCAUCCUGAAUUCCGCCAAUACUCCCAUUCCCCCGGAACGAGCCCAUCCAGCUGUUCUGUAUCGUGUUUAUCAGCUACGUUGUUAACGAUUAGUACUGCGCUACCAACAACUGUUCCCAUGCAGUCUUGGCACUAUUGGAUUAACAAAACUGCAGUUCUUUAAUUUGUUGCUUCACGCACAUUUGUACUACCCGUGGAACUUCGAUUCACUUACACGGGAAGCUGACGUCAGUGCGCGCUAGUCUCGACACAACGGACGACCUGGAGGAGAACGGGUUUGAGGUGGAAUUCGCUGUGUAUUGAUGGUACUGAUUGACCACCACACAAGGGUGUUACAUAUGUGAACAGAUAUCUCACUCCGCCCGUGAGAGCGCACGCACCGCGAAAACAAAAUAUCCACAUUCCAAGCGUGAAAAUUUCACCAAUGGCAGAGGCCGGAUUGGAUGGUGCAGCGGUCGCGAGGAAAACCAAUGCGAUAAGCAAGUAACAGCACCAGUGUAGUUCCUCUCUUCGUGCAGCAUAAUUCCGUGGUGUUUCAUUCAAUCCAAUUAGUGUGACGCAAAGGGUCGUUCUUUUUUUUGGUGCGCGUUCGGAAGUGAAGAUAGUGGACGGUGGGUGUGACAUACUCGCGUUGCAAAAAGAAAAAAAAACACCUAAUAAUUAGUUGAUCCGUCGUUUGGCUUGCCUCGAUGAUAGGGUGUCGUUGGUAAACAAACCAAACCGACGAUUAGUAAUACGCUCAACGUUAACGAGCCGAUACGCACACCCAUAAAGGAGCACAUACGAUGGAGCACCACGGGACGGAUUUUCAUCGCAGCUCAAACUCACUGGAUUCCGAUUCGAAGUCUAGUUCACUCAACUCCAAGCACGGAAUGGAUACGAUUGUUGCGAACGAGAAUGGCUUUACGUAUCUUUCCGGUGAGAACAUGCAGGACCGGAAAAGCGAUGUUUCGUACAUCUGCCCAUACAGUGGGCCAGCAAUCGGUACACUCACAAUCACCAACUAUCGCUUACACUUCCGAUCGCAGCCUGCAUCCGAUAAAGAUCCGGUGAUCGUUGUCGACUGUCCGCUCGGAGCGGUCAGCCGUAUCGAGAAGGUUGGUGGUGCAAGUUCGCGGGGUGAAAAUUCCUACGGUAUAGACAUUUUUUGCAAGGACAUGCGUAACUUGCGGUUCGCACACAAGCAGGAAAAUCAUUCCCGGCGUACCGUGUUCGAGAAGCUGCAGCUUUAUGCGUUCCCGCGCGCCAACGAUGGGCAGCUGUUUGCGUUUAACUAUCGUGAAAAGUUCCCCGAGGAUGGGUGGACGGUGUACGAACCGGUUGCGGAACUGCGCCGGAUGGGUGUAAACAGUGCGAACAACGAUACGUGGCGCAUUACGCGCAUUAACGAACGGUAUGAAAUAUGCGACAGCUACCCGUCGGUUUGGGCCGUACCGAAGACGGCCAAGGACGAUCUGUUGAAGCUGGUGGCAGCGUUCCGAUCCCGCAACCGGUUGCCGGUAUUGUGCUGGAUUCAUCCCAAGUCGCUCGCAACCAUUACGCGCUGUUCGCAGCCACUGGUCGGUGUGGGUGGUAAGCGGAGUGAACCGGAUGAAACGUACAUUAAUCUCAUCAUGGAAGCGAACGCCCAGUCAGACAAGCUGUCGAUCAUCGAUGCGCGGCCGAGCGCGAACGCGAUCGCAAACAAGGCGAAGGGCGGUGGUUACGAGUCGGAAGAUGCGUACAAGAACGUUGAGUUGACGUUUUUGGACAUCCACAACAUACACGUGAUGCGGGAAAGUUUACGAAAGCUGAAGGAAAUUUGCUUCCCGGCCAACGAUGACCACAAGUGGCUGUCGGCGGUGGAAAGUACGCUGUGGUUAAAGCACAUCAAGUGCAUUCUGGGCGGUGCCGUACGGAUUGUCGAUCGGAUCGAAAAUAUGCGAAUGUCGGUAGUGGUGCACUGUUCGGACGGUUGGGAUCGUACGUCACAGCUGACGGCGUUGUCGAUGCUGCUGCUCGAUCCAUACUAUCGAACGCUCAAAGGCUUUCAGGUGCUGAUCGAGAAGGAAUGGCUUAGCUUUGGACAUAAGUUCGAACAGCGUAUCGGACACGGUGACAAUCAUCAUUCAGAUGCGGACCGUUCACCGGUGUUUCUACAGUUCAUCGAUUGUGUAUGGCAGAUAUCGAAACAGUUCCCGCACGCACUAGAAUUCAACGAAUAUUUUCUAAUAACGAUCCUCGAUCAUCUGUACUCGUGUCGAUUUGGAAGCUUCCUGUACAACACCGAACGGGAACGGGUUGCAAAUGAUCUCAAAACUCGUACCGUCUCGCUGUGGUCGUUUAUCAACUCAUCGCACGAAGAAUACCGUAAUCCGCUGUACGGUGGACUAAGUAACUAUCUCAGCUCGAUGCCAGUACAGACGGUACUGCGGCCGGUCGUUAGCAUGCGGCACAUUCGUCUCUGGAAGGGUCUAUACUGCCGGUGGAAUCCAAGCAUGCGGCAACAGGAUCCAAUCUAUCAGCGUACGCGCGAACUGCUAGCACUGCAGGCGGAACUGAUGAAACAGCUGGAAGAUUGUCGAACGGAACGUGUUCUCAACUAGGUAUACCGCACAGAGAAGGUGAUGUGAGGACACUAGUGGAGUGCUUUAAGAAAUUGCAGCCCACGCAUGAUGGAGUUCCCUCGUGUUAGCUUUGAGGAUCACAUCAUAUGCGGUGGCCGAGAGUAGUAUUUGGCGAACAAAAGCAAGCAAACGUAAUAACACAGGAGGUAUUCUUUUUUUUUGGUUGUAAGAAAUUCUAAUAAUCGAAAGCGAUAAGUUGAUUAGGGUCAAAAUUUAAUGCAAAAAAUCACACAAACACACACAAUGUAUUUGUUGCGUGCUAAUAUUGUUUAAACUGUACUGUAUUAUUAAUAAAAAAGAACGAAAGUGUCUACUAACACGUAUAAUGUUCGUAGUCCGUUGAAUUAAUUUGUUCUAAGAGAUUUUUGCGUAUUAUUAACUUUCUCUUGUAGGAGCUUUAUCAAAAUUAGUCAACUGAAUUCAGCCAUUACCUACUGAAUAUCCGAAAAGGUUCGCA